UAGCAGAGAGAUCAACAUGGUUCAGAUGUGGAGCUUGACUGGAGGAACCUGAGCGCGCCUAGAACCGCUUAUAUACUAGGGCCCGCAUGACUCCUCCCAAUCCAACAGAUUGCUCAUCCACCCAGACCGCACCGAAUAUGUCAUCCCGAACUCUUCCAAGGAUACAUUCUGGGCCGUCCCCCCAACGUGUGGCGGCGGGGAUUGUCCUUUUGUGGACUGCCGAGGUCUUCACCGAUGCUGCUCGGUCAAUGACAGGCAGCUGCCCGGGAGAUGACUGUUUCUGGCAGACCCGAGCAGAGAUAUCGUGGGUUGUUUCACCUUGAACACGCACUCUCCGAGCACAGCAGGAAUUGAACCGUGGGCACCGAGUGAUUUGAUGGACCGACCCAGUUGAUCCAUUAAUCGCCAAGAACAGCCAGAGGAUGAAUCACGUGCAAUCCCGUCCACUGACAAGCUUGCACGUGCAGUCACCAGGUCCUCUAGUCGCCGAGCACGUGUCGACUCUGCGCCAAUCCUAUCAGACCUCCUGAUCUUUCUCCGUUCUCGACAUGUCGCGGGACCUAUGUCGCGCGGGUCACGCGACGUCAUACUCCGCAAUUAUUCCGAGCGAGCGGGGUAAAACGCUCGCGUGGAGCGCAGGGCCCGGCGAGGACCAUGCGCCAAUCAUCUCUCCCCUUACUCCUGGUCUCCUUCGCUCUCGCUGCCGCGUCGACUCCGACAUCCGAGGUAGUGGACUCGGACUUGACGUUGCUUUUCCAAAACGACCUCGAUUGGCGGACCACGAGCGAACACGACAGCUUCAUCCUCCUCUCGCCACGCACACACACUCAGGCUUCUACCGCAUGCGCACAGCUCAACGAGAACCUGACGCCGACGAAUGGGACCUUCUUCUCCUCAGACGUCCCAGCACUGUUGUCGUACACGGCCUACUCGCAAAAGAAAUCGAAGACGCAGAAGUAUUGGGUCGCCGGUUCAAGCGCAUCCUGCACGACGAUCAGCCCUGCGGGUCUGCAAACGACUCCCUGCUCCCAAAAGCUACCUGUCCUAUGCAAGAACUCGGCGCCGAACCGGAUCUCUGGGCAAACCGACUUGAGCAGCACUUGGCAAGUGAACGUUAAGGCCGGGGAUUUGUCUGUGACAGGUACCCGCGACCACGUGUCCUUCCGCUUCCUGGGCAUCCCAUUCGCGAAUCCGACUCAACGCUGGACGUAUUCGUCCUUGUACACCGGUCCGUCGGAGAUCACAGCCCUCGAGAUGGGCUCUCCGUGCGCCCAAAACGGAGGGACUGGCGCUGAAGACUGUCUCUUCCUCAAUGUAUUCACGCCAUUCAUUCCGGCAAAGCCUAAACAAUCCUCCACCGCUCUGAAGCCGGUCAUGUUCUGGAUACACGGCGGAGGCUUCACCAACGGAGAGGCGUCUAGCGCUGACAAAGAUGGGGGAAGCUUGGCGAGCCGUGGAGAUGUCGUCCUCGUGUCUGUGAACUACAGACUUGGCGCUUUGGGAUUCCUCGCGCUCGACGACGGAGUGACAAAUGGCAACUACGGACUCGCAGACAUGAUCACCGCGCUGAAAUGGGUGCAGAAGUACAUCUCAGCUUUCGGCGGGGACCCCAACCGGAUCACCAUCUUUGGGCAAAGCGCCGGGGCGGGUGCAGUUCGUGCCCUGCUGGGAUCUCCUCCAGCGUUCGGCUUAUUCUCAGGGGCCAUCGCGCAGAGCAACCUGGCGGGCGUUUCGUACGCCAAGACGUACUCGGAUUACUACACGAUUGAGCAGGAAGUGGCUGUGGCUGCAUCUGCUUUCGUCUCCGAAAUGGGAUGUGCGAACGCAACGGCGAACGCGACUCUGACUUGUUUGCGGGCUGUCAGCUGGCAGACCCUGCAGAACGCUCCGGAUGCCCCCAGAUAUCUAGUUGUGGACGGGCAUUAUCUUGUCCGUGACAGACUUUCCGUCGAUGGGAAGGGCCCGAUCGCACCGAAUGUGCAUGUCAUGUUUGGCUGGAUGGCCGACGACGGCACUGACUUUGCGGGCGGAUACCCUGCUCCAGGAGAGUCCCAGCUGUCGUCCGUCGAAGCUAUCGGUCUGACGGCAAACACCAGCUCAGCCAUUCUUGCCUCGGGGCAAUUUCCGACAUACACGUCCGGAAACGCGACACUCGACGUGCUGAACGUCACGAGCAGGAUCGCCACAGACGGUGAAUUUAGCUGUCUUGACCAAGCAACAUUGCACUCAGCUGCACUGCACAAGGUGUUCAAGUCGGUCUGGGCAUAUCAGUUCGAUAGAAGCUAUAUGGGCUACGAGCCUAUUCCUGGUGUGUGCGAUCCACCUGCCACGGCCGCGCACCCGUUCGGAGAUCCCUCCCUUCCGUACUUCAAAUGCCAUUCGGGAGACUUGUAUCUCGUGUUCGGCAACAUCGGACAAUCGACCCCCGGGUUCCCCUUCCGCGACGCAUUCGAUCUGCCAUUCGAGCAGCUCGCGCUGGACAGCUGGACGUCCUUUGCGCGGACGCACGACCCGAAUCCGGACUCUGCGUUCCUCGACGCGAGGGCGUUUGCCGGGACGAAGAACGCUCUGGCCCAAUGGGGCAGUUGGCUGCCCGUGCAGAGCGCAAAACCCGUCAGGAUUUUGGAUUGGCCGAGUCGGAGCAGUGGUUGGCUGGAACAGAAGCAGUGCGCAGUCUUGGGUUUUCCGUUGGAUUAUUAUGAGUAGUUUGAUAUUGUGUUCCGCGUGCUUAUCGCGCGGCUCUUCUCAAAAGCGCCUAUCAAUGAACGCGCGUGUCGAUCCCAUGCUUUCAGCUCGGCGCCCCGAACCCGUGCGGGAACUAUCCUCCCGUAAGUACAUUCGAAUGUCAAUUCUACUGA